UGUCGAUUUAAAGAGUUUCAAUCACGGAGCAGACGAAAUUUUGCAAUAACAAAGCAAUAGCAUUAUGCUUCUCAGAGCAGAUUACUUUUCAAGUUAGUCCAGUGAAAUCGUUUUAAACAUGUAAUGCGUGUAAUGUAAAUGCGAAAAUAUUAUUAUUCUUGAAAAGAUAUUCGAAAAGUGUUGAAUCAAAGAAUCGAAUACGACGAUGAAGUAUAGUUACGCGAUUGUGGCAAGAAUUUCAAAUUCUCUAAAAGUGGACAAACCAUGCGAUCUAGAAUUGGCUAAAGAGCAACACCGAUCGUUUUGUAGCCUUUUACGCGAGAUAGGUCUCGACGUUAUUGAGUUACCGCCAGAUGAUGAACUGCCCGAGAGCGUCUUUGUAGAGACGUCCGCGAUUAUAUGUAAUGGAGUGGCGCUGAUUGGCAAAUCCGAUAAUCCGAUGCGAAAGAAGGAGGCGGAUAGUAUGGCUAUAAUAUUAAAAAAAGAAUUGGACAUUCCAGUGGAACUGAUUGAUCAUUCGAACGCACAAUUGGAUGGAGGCGAUGUUUUAUUCACAGGGCGAGAAUUUUUUGUAGGCAUAUCAAAUUUUACCAACGAAGAUGGUGCUAGAGCGGUGGCUAUCACUUUUCCCGAAUAUCCGGUUACGCCUAUCAAAGUUGGCGGGCCGCAACGUUUGAAAUAUUAUAUAACAAUGGCUGGACCAGAUGUGCUUUGCGUCAGCAAUAGUACAAUCUGUCAGGAAAUUGUAAGACGCAUGGAAAGAGAAGCUAGUUUUAAGUAUCAAAAAAUCACUUUACCCGAAGAGCACGCUGCAAAUAUGCUUUACAUAAAUGGUACUCUCGUCCAUCGUACGCCUUCCGAAAUACCUGCAUCCUAUAAAGUGAUUAAAGAAAAAAUAGACAUUCCUACACGUAACAUAGAUAUAAGCGCAUUUACAAAAUUUUCCAGCGGAUUGACGUCGGCCUGUUUACUCUUGCGGCGGUGGAAGUCGAUACGUAGAUUAUAGAAUUACGGCAAUCUGAAAUUGGACUUUCAAUUAAACCCUUAGCCGUGCUUUGCCGCUUACAGAUCUGAAUCUUAUCGGUUAUGUGUGUUUAGCUAAUUCGAAUUUACUCUUAAUUUUUAUAUCCACCACCUAAACAUUAAGAUAUAUUAUUUUUGUCCGUCCGUCGUUAAUAAAUUAAAAAGAGGGGUAAGAAACGAAGAGACAGAAGUAUCAAAAAUCAUGAUAAGCGCAAAAAAUUCAAGUCGAUAAAAGAUUAUCAAGUUUUGUCCGUUAUGGAAGAGGAGAAAUUGGUGCAGAAAGCUGAAGUCGAGACCAUACAUUACAAUCGCAACGCUUUAAUACAUGUUGCUGCGCAAAUUGGUGUAACGAUAGGAAAAAGUUUGCAUCCAGAGUCGCCGAAAGCUCUAACGUUGAAAAAAAACGGUCUUGAGAACCCCAUUGUCAAUUGUCCCCAAUGCUUUUUUUUUUUUCUUUAUAAUAUGACCAAUCACUCAGGGGAUUCCUGUAACACGGUGAGGAUUAGAAACAGGUGAGGAAGGAGGGGUGAUCACUUACUGUCGGUAUAUGAUCAAUCGGUAGUUGUUAUGUCUUCACAGACCGAUCUCACUCGCUAUAGUUACGACCAAAGUAAACUCUACUGCAUUUAGACUUGAGAACCCACGGACUUUGAUUUGUUAGUCGCGAUUCUUGCCUACUCUGCGACCCAAUGCGGAAUUAACGCACUAGUUAGGAGGGUGGUGGAUCUCGCAACUGAUUUGCUCAAAGGCGAAUACAAAUUUUUCAUGUUUUUUUUUUUUUUUUUUUUUUUUUUUUUUUUUUCUAAAUGUCUUUUAUCUACAUGUUAAAUAGAACAAAUGUUAAUAAUAAAUUAUAAAAAGUUACCUUUUUUUCUAAAUACCAAUCAA